CGGAUCUUCAAGCCAGUGGUAAGUAUCAGUCAUUCGUCUGUUUCAGUCGCAUUCGUUCAACGCAGAAAAUCGAAUAACUCACAAACAAAAUCACCAUGCAAUUCCAAGUGACUUUCGCCGUGCUCGCCGCUAUCAUGUGCUUCGCCGCUGCCGCCCCCGCAACCGAAGAAGUCAAAUCGUCGCCUUCGGCGUCUGCCCAAUCUGGUGCCGUUUCAGACACCGAUCGUAGCAAACGGUUCGUGGCCGUCGCUGCACCUUACGUGGCUGCUGCACCGGUCGCCGCCGCACCUUACGUAGCCGCUGCACCGGUCGCCGCCACACCUUACGUGGCCGCUCCAUACGCUGCCGCCCCUUACGUUGCUUCCCCAUACGCCGCCGCCCCUUACGCACUCGCUUCCCCGUACGCCGCUCCUUACGUAUCGUCGUACACCACUUACCCAUACGUAGCCAAGACCCUGGCUUCCCCGUACACUUACUACCCAUGAACGGCCUUUCACUCGUCACUACCCACAUCUAUAAUCGGAAAGAAAUACGACACGUCACGUGAUGGAAUGUGCAGCCUCGUCGAGUUACUAAUUAAAUAACUUAAUAAAAAUAAAAAUUGUUUAACUGAUUGAAAUAAUGUAUUCAAAAAUAUGAAAAUAUUAUGUCUUGUUGAAUAUAUAAUAUGUAAAUAAAAAUUUAAUUUUUCUCAA